UUUCUUUCAUUUCCUCGAUCGACAACGAGCGAAGCGAAGGCGUUCGUUCGAUCGCUUGGUCAGGUUCACGUCAUCUUUUUAUCUUCCAAUGUCUGAUUUUUGUAUCCCACAUGCUUAGGGGUAACCGAAACAAGAAAAAAUCAAAGAAUCCUAGAACGAGAAGAAAAGUGCGAGUGAGAUUGGCCGUAUUAAAUGUAAACUAGAAAGUGUGUGAAUUGAGUUGAAGUGUUCGAAGUCCGGUUCUAUCUGGUAAAAGUCGGUUCAAGAGUUCGACACCCUUUCUUUAUUUUAACUUUAGUGGUGUUUUAAAUACUUUUUGUCCUUUAUUCGGCAAUAUUUUAGUGUUAAUAGUAAUUACAUAAACGUCAAAGAUGUCUGAAGAAUCGUCUGCUGACCGUAACGUAGAAAUAUGGAAGAUCAAAAAGCUGAUCAAGAGCUUGGAAAUGGCUAGAGGAAAUGGUACAUCAAUGAUAUCUCUUAUAAUACCACCAAAGGAUCAGAUCUCCCGGGUAUCAAAGAUGUUGGCUGAUGAAUUUGGUACAGCGUCUAACAUCAAAUCCCGUGUCAAUCGGCUCUCUGUACUCGGAGCUAUCACCUCUGUACAGCAUCGUCUGAAGCUAUAUACAAAAGUACCACCAAACGGCCUGGUUAUAUACUGUGGUACAAUCGUGACAGAAGAAGGCAAAGAAAAGAAAGUGAACAUUGAUUUUGAACCUUUUAAACCAAUUAAUACAUCUCUAUAUUUGUGUGACAAUAAGUUUCAUACUGAAGCAUUAACAGCACUACUCGCUGAUGAUAAUAAAUUUGGUUUUAUCGUAAUGGAUGGUAACGGAGCCUUGUUUGGAACACUUCAAGGAAAUACAAGAGAGGUGCUACACAAAUUCACAGUAGAUUUACCGAAGAAGCACGGUCGUGGUGGUCAGUCAGCGUUGCGUUUCGCGCGUCUUCGUAUGGAAAAGAGACACAACUAUGUCCGGAAAGUGGCUGAAGUGGCCACACAGUUAUUUAUCAGUCAAGAUAAGCCGAAUGUGGCCGGUUUGAUCCUUGCCGGUUCUGCUGACUUCAAGACUGAGCUGUCGCAGUCUGAUAUGUUUGACCCGCGUCUACAAUCGAAAAUCAUCAAGCUAGUCGACGUGUCGUACGGUGGCGAGAACGGAUUUAACCAAGCGAUCGAAUUGGCCGCCGAGUCACUGCAAAACGUUAAAUUUAUACAAGAAAAGAAAUUAAUCGGACGGUACUUCGAUGAAAUUUCUCAAGAUACUGGAAAGUACUGUUUCGGAGUUGAUGAUACGCUUCGCGCUUUGGAACUGGGUGCGGUCGAGACGCUCAUUUGUUGGGAGAAUCUUGAUAUUCAAAGAUAUGUGCUAAAAUCCCACGCGACCAAUCAAGAAACAAUUCUUCAUUUAACACCGGAACAAGAGAAGGACAAGUCGCACUUCACUGAUAAAGAGAGCGGAGUCGAACUGGAAUUGGUGGAAUGUCAGCCCUUGCUCGAGUGGUUGGCGAACAACUACAAGUCUUUUGGAGCUACACUUGAGAUUAUCACCGACAAGAGUCAAGAGGGGAGUCAGUUUGUACGCGGUUUUGGUGGAAUUGGCGGUCUACUCCGCUACAAGGUUGAUUUCCAAUCCAUGCAACUGGACGAUGAAGAGAUAGAUAAUUUGUAUGAUGUUGAUGAUUAUUAGAUAAUUUGAGAUGGAGAAUAGAUAGAUUGGGUUAGAUAGCUCUUUAUAACACACGUAAAAGAUUACACGGGCCGACACAUAAUUUCACUUUGACUUUGAAAAUUCUAUAUUUUAGGGAAAAAAAUACGAAAUGUUUUUGUACCUAGCAGAUAGUUUUUCAAAAUCUGUUUUGAAAUUGAGUAUUAUUAUAUUAUUUGAGUAAAUUUAUAAGGUAAAAUGAAUUUUUGUUUUUGUGCAAAAUUAAUAGAAAAAAAUUAACUUUAGAGAAAGAAUGACAUUUUUUGCCUGUUUUAAUCGCAAAUUCACCCAAGCGGUCUAUUCUCUAUGUUUCCAUGUCACAUCCCUAGCUGUUAGUGCUGUACCGGGCGAAAAAUUUUA